CAAACUGAUAUGUUGUGUUUGUGUUUCAGUUUCAAGUUUUAACUGUUUUUAUAAAGAAGACAUACAACAUGUGAAUUAAAGUAAAUCAGGACUUGUGUUGUGAAUUAUAUUUUAUUGUUUCGCACGUGAUGUUAUGUUGUUAAUUUUGUAGUUAACAGACGUGAUUUAUGGAACCGUAUGAACAAUAUCUGGUAACAAACUACAGGUGAUAAAGGUGUAUGAAGACAUCGAAGUUGUUUGAUCUUCGGAUUUCAGUGUUUACUCGGGAGUUACAACCGUUCGGACAAGCUUCUGUUUUGUCAACGAAUGGAGUACAUACCCGUGUGUUAAUCCGAAAAUUGGAUUAAGAUGAAGAAAUUACCGAAAUGAUGUUGUAAUUGAGAAGUGUUUGAUGUGUGCCGCCACUUAAGGUGGUCAAAGCAGCCUGGAAAAGAGAAAAAGAUUUCGACAAUGACGAAAUCAUGUGGACAUUUGACAUCUUUGGGCAGAGCAAACAAAAGGAUGGUGAAUUUAUUGUUUUCACUUAUAUUGCUUGUGCAUUUCUUUUUCAAAUUAGCACAGGGGCAGGGCCCUGGUUUAGAAACCAAUAAAUAUUUAAAUGUUUCCGAAAAUCAGCCACCAGGCACUGUAGUGGGCUUUGUUAGUGAACUACCAUCAUACACCUACUCCACAGAUGAUACUAAUUUUUUAACAAAUUUUAAUUUAGAUCAAAAUACAGGUCGCAUAACAACAAAAGUAAGCAUUGACCGUGAAACGUUAAACCUGGUCGGAAAUCAGUUUAGCUUGUUAGUUAUUGCACGUGGUGCUGGUAACAAUCAUCCAGUGGAAGUGCACAUCAAAAUCAUUGAUGUGAAUGACAACGUACCCACCUUUCCUCAACAAAGUUCUAAAUUAGACAUUAGGGAAAAUUCCAAUAUUGGUUCCACAUUUAGAAUUGAUACAGCAACAGAUAGAGACUAUGGUAGUAAUUCUGAAGUUAAUACAUAUGAAAUAAUAUCAGGCCAAAAUGGUCCAUUUGAUCUUGUUUUCAAUCCAGAGUUAUACGGCCCUAUAUUAUUUUUGAAAACCACUGGAAAUUUAGAUCGCGAAACCAUCAGUUCUUAUACACUGGUCAUAAAAGCCAGCGAUAAUGGUAGUCCUGUGCUUUCUGGUUCUACAACAUUGAGCAUUUCUAUAACUGACGAAAACGAUAACGCUCCAGCAUUUGAAUUCAGUAACUAUUUUAUAGAAGUUAACGAAACGGACCCAAUUGGGACAGUGUUGAAAAGAGUUCUUGCCACAGAUAAAGAUAUUGGGGCUAACCAACAAGUAAUCUACGAAUUUGAAACACCAGCAGAUCAGUUCACUAUCUCCAAUACAACCGGUGAGAUUAGAACAGCAGCACAACCCAUUGAAUGUCAAGGUCAGUGUGACCUGAUUGUAGUUGCUAGGGAUCAAGGACGCCCGCCAUACUCUGGACGGACUUUUGUCCACAUCACUGUUAUAGAUACAAAUAAUCAUGACCCUGAAAUAUUUGUGAAAUACGUGCCACUGGACUCUACAGAAUUUUCUAGGGUAAACGAAAAUGCCGUCAAUGGGGAAAAAGUGGCAGGAAUUACUGUGACCGACAAAGAUGAUGGGAUAAACGGUGAGACCAAUGCCAGCAUUAUUGCUGGUAAUGAACUUAACCACUUUCUGCUACAAGCUUUCGAUAGCAAAAAUUACUUGCUUUUUGUGAAUGGAGAUCAAGUGUUAGACAUGCAUAGGCAUCAAGUUUACAAUUUGACACUUCAGGCAAAAGACAAAGGAACUCCACCUAGAACUGCUGUAAAACAGAUUGUGAUAUAUGUGAAUGACAUCAAUACGUUUGCUCCUGUAUUUGUAAAUAAAACCAUAAAUAUAGAAAUAAGUGAGUUGACAGAAGUUGGCAGUUUUAUUGCAAGCAUGGACGCUAGAGAUCAGGAUACAGGGCUUUAUGCAAAGCUCACCUACAGAAUUGAAAGUGGAAAUAAUCCAGACUGGUUUCACAUUAACCCUGAAACAGGAUUGGUUACCACAAAGUCACAACUCCAUUAUGAAGUAGCCAAUAGUUUCAGAAUGAACAUCUCCGUGCAUGAUGGUGCUCUAAAACCAGACUAUGCUGAAUUACGUAUCACAAUCAGGGAUGAAAAUGACAUGGCACCCCGUUUUAGUCAAAAUAUUUUCUAUGAAAGCUUGGAGGAAAAUCAAGGUAGUGUGUCUCCAGUGGUGUCUGCUUCAGCAGAAGAUAAUGAUUCAGGUUUGAAUGGUAGUCUCGUUUAUUCAUUUCAUCCAUAUGUUGAAUAUAUGUAUCCGAGCACUUUCCACUUAAAUACAGCUUCUGGGGCUGUAACGACAAUGAAGGGUUUAGAUAGGGAGGAAAUCUCGAACUUCACCAUCAUCAUUAUUGCCAAUGACAAAGGACCAGCACCAUUGACUUCAACAGCAACUGUGAUACUUGUUGUGACUGAUGUGAACGACAAUCCACCUCUGUUCUACCCAACUCUGUACUAUGUCAAGGUCAUUGAAGGUCAAGGUCAAGGGGUUGAGGUCGUGAAAGUUACAGCCACAGACCUGGAUUUGGGUGAAAAUGCAGAUAUCUUUUACUCAUUUUCUGUGAGUAGCCCCAAAUUUGCCAUCAAUGCCGCUACUGGAGUGAUAACAACCACUGAUAUGCUCAAGAAGGAUCAGACAAGUGUCUACAACCUUAUCGUUCUUGCUAAAGAUAAGUUCAACAAGUACACAGCUACAGCCACAGUGCGUGUGUCUGUUCUGUCAGUCUCGGACUCCCUACCAAUAUUUGAGAAAGCCAACUACAGUUUUGAAAUUACAGAAGACCCCAGCACAAGCGUGAAUCCAAUUUAUGUUGGACAACAAGUUGGAACAGUAACAGCAUCAGGCAUAGGUAGUGCUGCAAUAAGCUACUUCAUAACUGGAGGAGACCCGAAGAGCAUUUUCAGCAUUAAUGCAGCAUCUGGCGCUAUAGUAAGAAGCAAAGCUGUAGACCGGGAAAACAGUGCAAGAUUUGUAUUAAAGGUCGUUGCUACUGGAAGUGGGAAAUUUGUUGAAACCAGUGUGGUCAUUGUGGUGAAAGAUGUAAAUGAUAAUGCACCAGAGUUUGAGUUUCCAAGUAUUGAAGUGGAUCUUCUAGAGAAUAGGCCUGUGGGACACUAUAUCACUGUUAUUAGUGCCAGUGAUGCUGAUGAGAAAGGGCCAAAUUCCUUAGUAACUUAUUCCUUGGUGACAGAUCACAAUGCAAUGUUUGGAAUAAAGUCUGACACUGGACUUCUUUAUUUGAACAAGCAAAUGGAAAUGCUCGAUGCAGAUUAUGUGACCUUAUCAGUUGUUGCUAUGGAUGCAGGUUCCCCAAGUUUUUCUGCCACCCAGCAGGUAACUAUUACAGUGAAAGAUAUAAAUAAUAACACACCAAAGUUUCUCCAAAGCUCCGUUGAAAAAUCCCUAGUUGAAAACCAUCCAGUGAAUAGCAGAUUCUUGCUUCUUAAUGCGGUUGAUAGUGAUAGAGGUGAAAAUGGUCGACUAACUUAUAAUAUCACAAGAGGAAACGAAGACAGAGUCUUCGGCAUUUUCCCGGAUGGAUAUUUGUUUAUUGCAAAAGCAUUAGAUAGGGAAGCCAAGGAUAUUUACAAAUUGAGCGUUGUUGCACGAGAUAAUGGCGAACCGUCACGAAGUGCAGAAUUCAACAUCACUAUUCACAUCACUGACUUUAAUGACAAUAAACCCGUUUUCAUAAAUGCUACUUAUUUAUUUACUUUGCAAGAGAACCGUCGUGUUGGUAGCUACAUUGGUCAAGUUAUGGCAACAGAUGCCGACAUAGGUCGAAAUUCAGAUUUGACAUACUACUUUAGGGACCACCAGAAAGAUUUCAAAAUUGACCCCCAAACUGGAGAAAUAAGAAGCCUCAGAGUGUUUGACAGAGAACAGCUUGCAAAAAUAGAUUAUACUCUAGAGACUGAUGUCGUGGUCCGAGACAAUGGCCUAAAUCAAUUGAAUGAUACUGCAACCAUUCGCGUACGAAUUCUUGAUGUCAAUGACAACCCACCCACCUUCAAGCAAAGUGUCUACACUACCAGCAUAUUUGAAAAUGCACCAAUGUAUUCCAAUGUAACAAACGUAAAGGCAGAAGAUCUUGACUCUGGUGUCAACAGUGUCAUAACUUACGCUAUAAUCGGUGGAAAUGGUAAUGGGACUUUCACUAUUAACAAUUUCAAUGGGCAGAUUAUUUUGAACACUUCGCAGUUGGACCGAGAAAAGGUGGACUUCUAUGAACUUGACAUUCUGGCUGUGGACUCAGGUGAGGUACAAUACAAUGCCACGUGUAAGGUUCUAGUGACCAUUAAGGACAUAAACGAUAACUUACCGCUAUUCCCUCAAUCUCAGAUGGAUUCCAGUGUGCGUGAAGAUGAAAAACCAGGUUUUCUUGUUGCAGAUUUCACUGCUACUGACAUUGACCAAGGUGUUAAUGCUGUAAUAACUUACUCCUUGUCAGGCGUAGACAAUGAUGGUAUGUUUGGUAUCGACGUGCACACUGGAAAAAUAUACCUCCAGAAAAAGCUAGACUUUGAGAAGAAGAGCUUUUACAGAAUGAAUGUCACUGCCACUGAUCAUGGUCUUCCUCCUUUGGCUUAUCCCAUACUAUUCACUAUCAAUGUCAAAGAUGUGAACGACAACAGCCCUGUGUUUCAAAAUGAACCACUUUCUUGUCAUAUUGCUGAGAGUUUGACAGGAAGUGUGUGCACCAUACGCGCAAGUGACGUUGAUUCUGAUAAAAAUGGCGAAGUUACUUACGAGAUCAAACAUCAGGAUCCCCCUGGUGAUCAGUUAAAAAUUGUGAAAGUUAGCGGGCAGAUUUAUACUGACAAGGAACUAGAUCGGGAAGUUGCGAGCGAGUUUAAACUUAGAGUGAUUGCUGUGGACCAGGCAAUAGAUGUAUCCCAGCGUUUGACCACAGAGACCGUGGUCACUAUAACUGUUGAUGAUGUCAAUGAUAACGACCCGACUAUUACUUCUUUCACUGCCAUAGCGAUUCCCCAAGCGACUCCAGCAAAUACAUACAUAACAACUGUUGUUGCUAAAGACAAGGACAAAGACAGCAAUGGUAAGGUCGCUCUUAAUUUUCCACCCAACAGUGGAAAUUAUUUCUCCAUGGAAAGCGGGUCAGGACGAUUUCUCUUGAGCAGGCAGUUACCUGAGAAUCCUGUGAAAUAUCCUGUGACCAUUGUAGCAAAUGACUAUGGCAGUCCCAGCCAACGAACCAUAAUGUUUCCAGUCACGGUUUUGGUCACCAACAACAACAACCAAGGUCCUGUUUUUCAAAAUGCCUCAUAUAGUGGUACACUUCGUGAAAAUGUUCAAAACGCAGAUAUAUUUACUGUUCAAGCCACAUCUAGGUUCAGUUCCAAUGUUGAAUACUACAUUACAAAUAUAACUCGUAGAGAUAAUGGCUUACAAGCAGAGAGAAUAUUUAACGUUGAUAAGGAAACCGGAAGGCUGACAUCAAAUGGUCCAUUAGAUAGAGAGACAAUGGGCGGAGAAUUCGACAUUGAGAUCUACGCCAUCGAUACCCAGGGUUCUACGCCCAGAACAAGCAUUAUUGUGGCAAAGGUUACACUACAGGAUGUCAAUGACACUCCGCCCAAGUUUUCCAGCAGCUUCUACAUAGUGGACGUAGACGAGAAUGUGCGUACAGGAUUCCCGAUCACGAAGCUCACUGUUUACGACGAGGACACCAUCGGGACAAUGUCUCUGUCACUUGUCAACCCACCUGACUCCAACCUGCAGAUAAAGCCUGACGGUACAAUUGUCACAACUGGGCCGUUGGACCGAGAAACCAUUCCGCAGUACACACUGAAUGUCACAGCUAAUGACGGGACUCAAACCUCCUUCUGCGUUGUACGAAUUAACGUCCGCGCUUACAACGACAACCCGCCAAAAUUUACUGAACCCUUCUAUUCCUUUGACAUCUCCGAAGACACAGCUGUUGGAACAACAGUGGGGAGCGUUCUUGCCAAUGACCCUGACCUAGGGUCAAAUGGGCUUGUGACCUACAGUCUGGUGUCUGGGUGGGGCAACGACACAUUUGCCCUUGACCCUGUGAAAGGGACCUUCACCUUGCUUCGAGUGCUAGAUUUUGAAGAGAAUCCCCUCUACACAGUACAAGUUGUGGGCAAGGAUGGCGGGAUGGACCCAGCCCAGGAGUCCACAGUCUUGGUGUUCUUUAAUGUCAAGGAUGCCAACGACCACAGCCCUGAGUUCGAACGCCCAAACUACUCUGCUUCAGUGCUUGAGAAUGUGGCGGUUGGUUCCACUGUCAUACAAGUGCGGGCCACCGACAUAGACUCAGGUGACAAUGGCAUGGUUACCUACAACGUGACUGGAGGUGACCACAAGCGUCAGUUCCAGAUUGACCUCUACACAGGAGUCAUAACUGUUGCCUCUAGACUGGACAGGGAGGUCACUCCGGCCUACACUCUGACUGUUACAGCAACUGACCGUGGUGGACCGCAAAUGAAGUCUUCAACUGUACAGGUGCUGGUAACUCUGCAGGAUGUGAACGACUGCAUUCCCGAGUUCAAGUCACCAGCGGUAAUAGGUGUCACUGAAAAUACAAACCUAACCACUGUAGUCCAUACAGUGGUUGUUCAUGAUUGUGACGCAGGAGCAAAUGCCGACCUCACAUUCAGCAUUGCUUCAAAAUCUGGCCCUGUGUCUCCUUUUACUAUUGGCACGUCUGAUGGAAGGCUGCGUGUGAACACCAACCUGGACAGGGAGACAACUCAGAACUACACGAUGGUGGUCACGGUGCGUGACCAUGGAAACCCACCUCUCUCAAGCACACAAGAUCUUGUAGUUAACAUUGAGGACGAAAAUGAUCAUAGCCCAGUGUUUUCGCAAACAACAUACCUGGCAAGAGUAAGCGAAGACGUCGCCAUAAAUGUAGGUCAGAUACUCCUAAAGGUAACUGCAACGGAUCAAGAUGUGGGAGUUAACGGCAUGGUGAGGUAUUUUGUGCUCUCGGGAGACGAGAACCAAGAUUUCAGUCUAGAUCAGAGUAGUGGCGCUUUGCGAGUGCAGAAAAAGUUGGAUUACGAGCGAGUGUCGAGCUACAAGUUGUUUGUGCGUGCAGAAGACCGUGGCAGCAUUGUCCGCUUUGCGGCAGCCACUGUAUCAAUCACAGUGGAUGAUGUCAACGACAAUGAACCAGUCUUUCUCGAUUCACCAUACGUGAAAUACGUUCGGGAGAACAUGGACCGUCCUGUGUUCGUUCUGCAGGUGUCCGCCAAGGAUGCGGACUCUGCCCCUUUUAAUCAGCUCCAGUACAAGAUACAGAGUGGCGACCUGAGUCUGUUCAACAUCAGCCAGACGACGGGACAGAUCAUGGCCUUACAGAGUCUUGAUAGAGAGCGGGCCUUGUCCUAUGUGCUUACAGUGGUAGCAACAGACUCAGGUAAUGGCCGCGGCAAUACAGGCACAUGCACAGUGACGAUUUUCGUUGAGGAUGUGAACGACAAUCCUCCAGUGUUCGAUGGAACUAGUUCAUAUGUGGCCCGCGUCAGCGAAAAUCUUCCACAAAAUGCAACCGUGGUCACGGUGCAUGCUUCGGAUUUGGACGAGGGGGUCAACAAGCAGAUAGUGUACAGCUUGAAGGACACAAUGAACGGGAAAUUUGUGAUAUUUCCAAACACGGGUCGCAUAGCAACCCAGGCAGUGCUAGACAGGGAGCAGGUGCCUGACUACACGCUGGAGGUGGUUGCCAUGGAUACCAGUCUUCUACCCCUGUCCAGUACAACAACGGUCCGUGUGUAUGUGGAGGAUGUGAACGACAACAGUCCAUUGUUCGGACAGCAGAACUACUCUCGAACGUUGGCACUUCCUGUUAACACUGGAGCCUUCAUUGUUGGUGUAACAGCGACAGAUGCUGAUAUUGGCAACAACAGACUGCUCAGAUAUUCACUAGCCUUACCUGAUGCAGGGAACUUCAAUAUAGACAAUAAGACAGGAGUGAUCACCGCGAAACAAACCCUCAGUGCUGGCACCUACAACAUGAAUGUGAUAGCCAGUGACAUGGCUAUUCAGCCCUUGUCAGCGACUGCCCAAGUGACUGUGACAGUCUCGAGCUCCUCAAGUGUUACCCCUCCCACGUUCAACACAAUCGCAACUGGCAUCAACGUGACAGAAAAUGUGUCAUCUAACCAAACUGUCACCAUGGUCACUGCUCAGUCAUCAAACGGCGCCACAAUAAACUAUGCGAUCGCUGGAGGGAACAUAAAUGACGCGUUUGGAAUCGAACGCUCAACAGGGCGUAUUUACUCGGCAGGAACCAUUGACUAUGAACUUCUCCAGGAAUAUCAUCUUUGGAUUGAGGCACGUCAGGAUGGGAAUACCCCAGCAACAGCUUUUGCAAAAGUCAUGAUAAAGAUUGAAGAUACAAACGACAACAGCCCCGUUUUCUCGUCCACACAGUAUGACAUUGAUGUGAUGGAAAAUCGGGGUUUCGGUACCUCUAUUUAUACUGUCAGUGCCACUGAUGCAGAUUCUGGAGUCAAUGGCAAUAUAAACUACAUUUUAUCAGGCACAGAUGCUCAGUACUUCAAAGUCACAUCUUCUGGGCAGAUAAGAACAUAUACAACCAUUGACAGAGAAAAAGUGGACAAGUACAGCUUUUUAGUGAUUGCUACAGACCAGGGAAACCCUGCAAGGUCUUCAACAACCUCUGUGAGAAUCACCGUUCUGGAUGAAAACGAUGAAAAUCCAUCAUUUGCUGAGCAUUUCCGAGUAAAGAUCCCAGAGAACAUGCCAGUCGGCAGCUUUGUAAUACGGGUGACGUCCACAGACAAUGAUAUUGGUGAGAAUGCCGUGGCCACCUACUCCCUGCCAAACAGCACCAACGGGAUGUUUGCUAUCGACGGUCCCAGUGGCAACAUAACCCUGCUGAAACCCUUGGACGCUGAAACCGUCUCCACCUACACACUCCGUGUAAGGGCCACUGACAGUGCCCAUGAUGUCCUGGGUAAUGUCCAGGUUGAUAUUGCGGACGUCAACGACAAUAGCCCCGUCUUUCAGCCUCCUUACUCAUUCAGCUUCAGUGAAAUGAUGCCAGUGGGUUCCCAGAUAGGUUAUCUGAAGGCUUCGGACGCGGACAUCAGCUCCCCAAACAACCUUUCAUACUUUUCGCUGAAGCUGUCUUCCAGUUAUUUCAACCUGAACAGUACAUCCGGGCUGUUGACCUCCCGAGAGGUCUUGACCUUUGACCCCACGUAUGACCUCACAGAGCCGCCAAACAGACAUAAGCUGAUAGUGAUUGUCCAGGACUUAGGGACGCCUGUGAGGUCUUCAGAGCAGCUUAUAUUCAUCAAUGUGAUGGACUUCAAUGAUCACGCUCCGGUAUUUGAUCAGCCCAGGUAUCGCAGUGCAGUUCCGGAGUCAACAGCCAUUGGGAACAGCAUCAUCACUGUGAAGGCCAGAGAUGAGCUUGACUAUGGGGUGAAUGCCCAGUUGGAGUACUACAUUCAGUCCGGCAAUGGAACUGGCCUCUUCUCCAUUGACAGAGUCUCUGGUAUUGUAUCCGUGAACAGCAGCCUGUCAGGCAACAAGAACCGAGAGUACCAGAUUGUGGUGAAGGCCCAGGACAAAGGUGCCACGCCCCUUUCUGCUGUGGUACCGGUUAAUCUUGUUGUUACGGACACAAACCUCUACAAUCCCCAGUUUGUGGCCCCAGUCAGCCGUCAGAUCAGCAUUCCUGAGAACAAAACUGUCGGCUCCUUGAUAGAAACCUUUCAGGCGCGAGAUAAUGAUCUGGGAUUGAAUGGUGAGGUCGAGUAUUACAUAUCACAGGGAAAUGGAGACGAUCUGUUUGAACUGCACCCAUCUUCAGGUGAUCUUAGAGUAAAGAAUAAAUUGGAUUAUGAAAAGAAGAAGGAUUAUCAGCUUGUGAUUACAGCAAAAGACAAGGGGUUGAUUCCUUUAGUAACACCUAUUGAUUAUCUGGUGAAGCUUGAAGAUGUAAAUGAUAAUGACCCGCUGUUUGCUUUAUCAAUGGACCUUGCUUAUGUAGAAGAAAACUCUCCCCGCGGUAAAUCUGUGUACCAGGCUAAGGCAGUGGAUGCUGACACUGGGGGAAAUGCUUAUAUCGAAUAUGCGAUUGUGGAACCUGUUAAUCAAAAUACUUUCCAGAUAGACUCUACGACCGGAAUCAUCACCACUAAAGGAGAUCUUGAUUAUGAAACCAAACAGAGGUACACGCUGACGAUAAUGGCGUCCAAUCGCGAUGCAAUUCACAAGAGCACCAUGACUCUAGAUAUCAACGUGGAAGGCGUCAACGAAGACGUACCGCAUUUCACUCAAGAUGUGUACCACUUUACAAUCAGUGAAUCUGCAGUGGUCAGCACAUCUGUCGGACGUGUUAGGGCGGAGGAUACUGAUGCAGGGCUCGAUGGCGUGGUCAACUAUUUUCUCAUUGGGGACAGUAACACAAAGGGCUUCAGAGUUGAUCCACGAAAUGGUGACAUUCUGGUUUCCGGCAAGCCUGACUACGAGUCCUCACCGAAAAUCACUUUGAAAGUGUUGGCUAAAAACUGGGGCAGCGUAAAAGGCAAUGACACAGAUACUUGCUCGGUGGAAAUCAUGGUGCAGGAUGCGAACGAUCCCCCACGGUUUACGCAGACCAUCUACCAAGCCUAUAUACCUGAAGACACUAAAAGUGCUGAUGUUACGAUUACCACCGUGUCUGCCACAGAUUCAGACUUUGACAUAGCCGACAAGAAGUUCAGUUACAGGAUUCUGGCUGGUAAUGUCGGAGGAAUGUUUAAGAUUGGAGCCAAUAGCGGGGUGAUUUCAACGACUUCUGCUGUCAACCUUGACCGAGAGACUGUGGCCAUAUACAACCUGACAGUGGGAGCAGUUGACACAGGCUCACCGCCAGAAACAGGAUCAGCCACAGUACAAGUGAACAUCCAGGAUAUCAACGACAAUGGGCCAUACUUUGUGGAAUUCACUGCUGGUGUAUUGGAAAACCAGCCCCCGUCCUUCUUAGUAACGACCUUAACCCAGUACACUCGUGAUGCUGACAGCCCUAGCAACCAGGGACCAUAUACAUACAGCACAAAACCAGGGGGUGACAACGCCUACAAUUUUUUCACAAUUGCUCCAAAUGGUGACGUCAAAACAAAGAAAAUGCUAGACAGAGAAUCACUCGACAACCAGUUUACCAUUCCUGUCCUGGUCAGUGAUGCCGGUCAGAUGACUUCUACCUUGACAUUCAAGGUUGUUGUCCAAGAUGUUAACGACGUUCCUCCGAAACCACGUUUUUUCUAUCUUUACUUAUCAAUGUAUGAAGGCCUGCUGCCCACUAAUGCUGUCGCUGAUGUUCGCCCCCUGGAUGAUGAUGAAGUUGGGACAUACUCUUGCACAUUUGAUGGCAACAGUAAUGCGGACAUUUUUACCAUUCCAAGUGCUUGUAACUUGAUGAUUAACGGGCAGCCAAAUGAAGCGGAAUACCAUCUUAAAAUCAGUGGUGGGGACGGUGUAAAUGGUGCGGUCACCUACGAUGUAAAUGUCGCUGUAAACAAGUUCAGUAAUAACACACUGGAGCACUCAACCAUAAUGCACAUUGUUGAUGUAACACCAAAAGAUUUUAUGAAGUCAUAUUACACAAAAUUUGUGGCCGCCCUGAAGAGCAACCUAGAACCCCAAGAUAAGGUUGACAUCAUUGGUCUGACUGGUCUGGAGUCUGAGGGAGUCCUCAUUUACAUGGUUAUUUCCAAUGAAAUUGAUAAAGAUUUGUACAAUAAAGAAGAAGCAAUUGGAAAAUUGCAAAAUUCAAAGGCUUUCAUUGAGUCCGAAAUACAGAAAUUUAUUGCUAGUCUUGAUUACACAGGUUGCCGAAGUAACUACUGCAAGAACAAUGGCGUGUGUGCUGGCCACAUCACUGUGCAAGAAGCAAAUCACAUCGCAGAUUCAGAUUUUUUUGUAUUUUCAAACCCUGCUUUCCAGCAGGAGUACUACUGCAAAUGUGUGCCAGAGUUCACAGGUCCAGAUUGUAGCCAGCCAGCAAGCCCAUGCGGCGAUAUCUUCUGUCAGAAUGGUGGCGUCUGCAAUUCGUCUCUAAACAAACCAGUCUGCAGCUGUCCAUUGACAUGGACUGGUUCGAAGUGUGACCAAGACGUCAACGAAUGCAGGACUCCCGGCUUCUGCAAAAAUGGUGGGACAUGCAUGAACACCAUUGGAGGAUUCAUAUGCAAGUGUGCGGAGGGUUAUUUUGGAAAGCAAUGCCAAGAUGGGGAUAAUUUCUGCAAAUCCAGUCCAUGCAAAAAUGGCAAGUGUCUGAACCAGCCAGACAAAUUUGUGUGCCUGUGCAACUAUGGCUUCUACGGCGACACCUGUGACAGCUCCAGCCUAGGUUUCUAUGAGAGCUCCUACAUGGAAUACCUGUCCAUCAAGUCACUCUCCUCCAUCAUGGUGGACUUUGCAACAAAGAGCAGUCGUUCCCUUCUGCUGUACCAGUAUGCAAACACUGAGUCAGCUCAGUUCCUGGCUCUGGAAAUUAUCAGGGACAUGGUUGUCUUUUCCUACAGAGCUGCAGGGGCUUCCCAGCCCCUACGUCUGUCUGUGACCAAGGACACCAGCACUGGAGGCUGGUUCAGGGUCAGAAUCACGGUGAAUUCAGAGUUUCAGACAGUGCGAAUGUGGGUGGACAAUUGCCCUGAAGACCGGGUGGCCUGUGAUGAAUGCCAGACUGGAUCCUCCUGCUACAACAUGUCUUCAGCAGCCCAUCCAUGGUCUGCAUCCGGUAGCCACACAUUGAUGAUUGGCGGCGUGCAGUCCAUUCAGACGAUUCUGAACCGAACUGGACAAGUAUCCACGCACGAUUUCAUAGGCUGCCUCAAGUCCAUGAGCAUAAAUGGUGAAAAUCUCCUGAAGCUGAAGAGCCUGAGAGAGAAUGGGAUAAAACAGACGUGCCCACGAACCAGCGCCACCGAUGUUUGCCAGGGUUUCAGCUGCCAGAAUGGGGGUCAGUGCGUGCCUGAGUGGACAGGACCAGUGUGUCAGUGCUCCCCGGCGUUCAUGGGCUCACGCUGUGAGACAGCACUUAAGCCUAUAGGAGUGGGCCCUGAUACCUUCAUAACUGUAAGGAUGCGUGAGGGAGCCAGGCGUGAUGCCCUCCUGGACAGCGACGGCAACCGACGCCGACGGGCCCUAACCACCUCAAGUGUAAAGAUUCGCUUCCGCACCAUGGCAAAAAAUGGGUUGCUCCUAUAUGCAAACACAUUCGCUGGCCGACGAUUAUGUGUUUUGUCUGUCUUUGAUGGCAAACUUAAGUUCACAGUGACUCAAUAUGGUGGCUCCAAAUCCAUAACUGUAGAUGACGUAUCGGUGUCAGAUGGAAAGUGGAGAAAUGCUACAGUUGUAUUGAAUGGAGGGGAAGUAAACCUGUCCCUGGAUGGCAGCUCCAGUAAGUCUCCCAUUGACAUGUUCGCAUUUACUUCCCCUGAUGUGGAGACCCUCACGCUGGGUGGCGCUCCGUCCACAAUCACGGUCGAAAACCAGAACCUCAAGGACUUCCCAGGGUGCCUGUCUGCAUUUGAACUUGAUGGUCAACAGCUGCCAUUAAUUGGGGAGACUGCAAACUAUGUGAUAACGGCCUCUGAAUCAAUCGACAAUGGAUGCUCUGACCUCUGUACCAAUGCCUGUGAUGGAGAAUGCACGAUACAAGGGGAGGCAAUAGCCUGCGCACCCAAAGCAGAUGCGCCAUUAACUGUUGGGAUCAUAGUGGUGAUUGUGUUCUUUUCGGUCAUUUCUGUAGUCAUAGUGAUCCUGUUGGUGGUGUUCAGGAAAAGGGGAGCGCAGUGUUUGAAGGGGACAAAGGCAGCCAGGCAGAACGGAUCCCUGGGUAAAGGGGCAAACAGCAGUGGGCAUAGCAAUCAAGAUUCUGGCUAUGGUGAGAAUAACAUUGAUCAGCUUAUCAUCCGAAACCACAUCAAUCAGGAAUUGGCUAGCAGUGGUUAUCAGAGACACAUGAAUGGUCAUCUGGUGCAGCCUGAUAUCAUUAACUCAGAAAUAGGGCGAACUCCAAUGCCUCUGGAUUUAGAGGAUGGAACUGUGAUAAUUGACAAUGCCAGUGAUGUGACCCAUCUAAGGGACCUGAACAGUGAAAUGCCGGUGCUGUAUGACCUAGAUAAUGCAAGUAGCAUAGCUCCGUCAGAUAUAGACAUUGUUGAUCAUUAUAGACACUUCCAUGACAACGGCGGCAGACAACGCCGGAAAAACAAGGCUCAUUCAGAUCAUUCCCAUCAUUCAAAGCAUUCUUCCAAGCAUGUAAGUCAAAGUAAUCAUAGUAACCACAGUCAUCAUUCCCACGGAGUAGCUAGAGACAGUCCGAACAUCUCCAGUGUUCCGUUUAUGAACAAUCUUGCCAGGGACAGCCCCGUGUCGCGCAACAGUCCGAUCAACCAGCUGUCCCGAACCAGUCCAAAUGUGCGCCAGAGUCCGUUCACUCACGUAAACAUGGUGCGAGGUCACAAUAUGCCUGUCACAGAUUUGAACGGCGGCAGUCGAACAACAUCUGAGCACAGCGUUGCUAGUCAUAGGAGUAAAGCAUCGAACUCCACCCCCAACAAACCUCGUCGUCAAAUGCUGCCUAAUGGACAGCCAAAUGGUAAUUUAUUGAACCCCAAUUAUGAAAAUAGUAAAUUUUUAACUAAAGAAGAAGUGGACAGACUUAAUGCAAGACCCAGGCAAAGUCCUGCUAGUCUCAUGGAGGCUUUUUCGACCUCCAGUGAAAAUAAUACUCGUCAAAUGAAAAAGCCGUUGAAACAUUAUCAAGAUACAAAUGUUCUGUUAGAACCACCAGAGUCGAGUUCUGAUGGCAGUGCUAAUGAUUCCUUCACUUGCUCAGAAUUUGAAUAUGAGAAUGAUAAACCAAGAAAUGAUUUUGAUGCAAAAAUAUUCUCCAAAAUCAAGGAAGAAAAUGAACAUGAAGAUGGUGCUUAUCAUAACAAAAACUUUAAAUCCGAUGGUUUGGAUUCUGGGGGUAACUCGUUUUCCAGCACUGAAAGGCCACCUGAGGAAAAUACCCUAGGACAGAGUACUGGGAAGAGUGUCAGCAACCCAUUCAGUUGGGAUGAUUUAUUGAACUGGGGGCCUAAGUUUGAAAAGUUGGUGGGCGUGUUCACAGAUAUUGCAAUGUUACCAGAUGCAGAAAGUGCCGACUUCAGUGAAGUCGAAGGGAAAUCCACAGACCGGGAGGAAUAUGUCUAAUAUUUGUUGACUUUUUUAUGUUAUUAUAAUUUUUUUAUAUUAUGUGAUACUUUCAGUCUUGAUUUUGCUGUUUUAAAAAUGAAAUUCUAGUAAAUUUGUAAUUAAUUUUGUACCAGGUUAUGAUUUUUUAAUCAUUUCAGUAAUACUUUUUCCACUGAAUUUUUCUAAUUUUGUAUUUUAAUAGUUUUCAUUAUAAUUAAAUAUAUGCUCAGGAAAGAACACAUUUGAUGCAAUUAUUUUGUACAAAAAUUUUGAUAAGUUAAGAUUGUUAGCAAUUGUAAUGGAGAUGCAUCUGCAAGGCUUUGUGGAUAACAAUGUAAAUAAAGUUUUAAUUCAGAAUUUGUAUCAUAUAUAUCAAAAUUGUAAAUAUUUUCUUUUGCCAAUUGUUAUAAUAAUGAAAAAAAAUGCAGCAAUAUCAUAACAAUAUGCAGUAUAUUGUUAUAAAUGCUAGUUGUAUAAUAUUAACUUAUAUAAGUGCUUUAUUCUAUAGAAACAUUAAAAUUUCCUAGCGCAUUAUUAAUAAAUUAAGUAUAAAAAAAAACAAAUAUUUAGAUUUUUUUGUAAAAACCAACCAUUUGCCAUUUUAUAGAAUUCAACACAAGUAAUUGUUUGAAAAAAAAAUUGGAACACAAUAAUUUGUCUUUUAGAAAUUUUUUGAUAAUGUCAAUCAAAGUUCAUGUUCAAAAGAUCUUUCGAUUGAAUGUGUUAUGCAUCUUGUUAUUGGCGUAUUAAUGUUGUUGUGUUAACCAGUAUUACUUGCUGUUUAUGUAACUUAUUCACUAGCAUAAUCAUUUAGUACCACCGUUGUCUUUGUUGUACAUAGGCAGUUGUAUAUAAUGUCCUGCCAAGCAGGUUUGGUGGCGAGAUCAUUUUAUAUGAGCAUUAUUUUAGAUAGGGAAAACUAGCUCAUUGUGAGGAGGUAUUAAUAUGCUUUCAGCGUUUGAAUCAUAUUUGUACCAUAUUUGUUAGUGAUAUUUCCUUAAACAAUGAAAGCUGAAGGGGUUAUUUUACAUGAGAUUGAUUUUUGACAUGCUGAAAGUGAAAAUGUAUUGUUAUUAACUUGUUUAUGUUUCUGUGGGUGAGGAACACAAAACAAAACUAUUGUUGAUUAAUUUGUGCUACCCUCUUAUUUUAAGACAUUCCAUUUUAAUAUUUGUUGACUGUGAAAUGAUGUCAUAAUUCAUUGUAUUGGCUUGUUAUAAAGGAUUUAAGUAAUAAAUAGUGGAUAGAAACUCAAAUAAAUGGGCCGUGCUCUGUGAAAAAGGGAUUUAAUGCAUGUUCAUAGUGUCGUACCAGAUUAGCCUGUGCAGUUUGCACAUGCCAAUCAGGGACGACACUUUCCGCUUUUAUAAUAUUUUCUAAGUUUCAUACCUGAAUAGCCUUGCAGUCUCUUGGACGACACUUAACACAUAUACAUUAAACCCCCUUGCAGUCUCUGGGACGACACUUAACGCAUAUACAUUAAACCCCCUUUUCACAGAGCAAUGCUAAAAUGAAAUGAAUAUAUGUAAUGAAAGAGGACAAAUAAAGUGUUAUGUAUUUUUAUUGAUUAUAUUAAAAUGUCAAUUUGUCAGUUCUGUUUAAUUUUCAGGUAAGAAAACUAUGCAAUAACUGCAAUGCCUCUUUUUUUCAAAUCCAUCUUUUGAUCAUAUUGUGUCAUCGUUUCACUUCACAAUUUUCCUUCACCCAUUUGUCAUUCAAAAUGUCACUAUGUAUUGUUAUAUAGAUCUGAAUAUGUUUAUUUAAUUAUAUUUUGUCUACUGUUCUGUAAUAUGGAACAAUUAUCAUUUAAAUAUGUUAAUUUGAAAAAUACAAAUAAAAAUAAAAUUUUGCAAAAUAA